UUGUCCUGAUAGUUGACCUGAUGUGUGCCAACACCAGUGUGCAGCCUGUAGUGGAGCUAAACUAAACACUUUAACAUGCUGACAUAUUUCAUAGAACAGCUCAUUAGAUAAGAACUUCAGAGGGGAUUUAAUAUGUUCCCCUCCAUCUCAUUUAAUAAGCAGAUGGUUUGACUGCUCACAUAUCUGUUUAAAAUAACAGAUAAAGCCAGUCUGUAGAUCAACUGCAGCUUUGAACCACUGGGGGCAGCACCUCACCUCAUUUACUCACUAUAACAUCCAGGAAACCAAACUUGGAUUUGUUGUUUGUUGUUGAUAUUUUUGAUCAGGACUGUUUUAAAUCCCAGGGCAGCCAUACAGAACAAAAGAACAAUAAGACACUACUGAAUCCCCACAAACUGCUCAGUGUCUGGUCUGUAGCUGACAGUAACCUCUGACCUGACACAACAUUUCUGCACAUUUCAUUAGUCUGCAAAACAUGUUGACAAGAUGUGAGCAGCAGAAAGAAUAAAACUCCUUUCAUAUGUGAACAAAGUUGAGUGUCUCCCCGUCCUCUUACACAGGCUGAAGUAACAUCAUAUACAGGAGCAUCUCAAUGAAUUAGAAUAUCAUAGAAAGUUUAUUUAUGUCAGUAGUUCAAUUCAAAAAGGUGAAAUAACACAUUAUAUAGAUCCAUUAUACACAGAAUGAACCAUUUCAUGUCUUCAUUUAUUUAAUUUAUUCUUAUUAUAAUGAUUAUGGCUUACAUUUAAUGAAGACCUGAAAUUCAGUGUCUCAAAUGUGAAUAUUGCAAAAAAAACAACAACAUAAAAAGUCUGUUUAAUGUGUAAAUGUUGUCCUCUGAAAAGUCUGUCAUCUAUAUGACUCAAUACUUGGUUGGGACUGUUUGACUUGAACUACUGGAAAUAGUCUUUUCUAUGAUAUUGUCAUUUAUUGAGACGCACAUAUACUUUCACUUUCGUUCAUAACCUGUCUGAGCCUGUUUGACCUAGAUACAAGUGACGUCAUGCUCAGAAUAAAUUCCCAUUGGCUCAGAUGAAGACAAACACACAAAGCUUCACUCUGGUAAAUCUUCAGACGGUCACAAUGCAGAUCUUUGCUGCUCUGGUUCUCCUGGGAACAGCCCUGCAUGGCGCUGCACCAAUGACUCACUCUAUGAUGAAUUUCAUCACUGCAUCGUCUCAAGUCCCAAACUUCCCAGAGUUUGUGUUUGUUGGUUUGGUUAAUGAGAUUGAGGUAGUGCAUUAUGAUAGUAACAGCAGGAAAUAUGAACCCAAACAGGAGUGGAUGAUCAGAGUCACAGGAGAUGAUCCUCAGUACUGGCAGAGGGAGACUGAGAUUCUAUUUGGUGACCAGCAGCUCUUCAAAAACAACAUUGAAGUUUUAAAGCAGCGCUUCAACCAAACUGGAGGUGUCCACAUACUCCAGAGGAUGAUUGGCUGUGAAUGGGAUGAUGAGACUGAUGAGGUCAAAGGUUAUGAACAGUAUGCUUAUGAUGGAGAAGACUUAUCAUUGGACCUGGAGACAGAGACAUGGGUCGCUCCAAAACAACAGGCUGUCAUCACCAAACACAAGUUGGAUAAUAAUAAAGCUUGGAUGGAUCGGUACAAACACUACCACACCGUGUAUUGUCCUGAGGAGCUGAAGAAGCUUGUGAACUUGGGGAGGAGCUCUCUGCUGAGAAAAGACCUUCCCUCAGUGUCUCUCCUCCAGAAGACUCCCUCCUCUCCAGUCAGCUGCCACGCUACAGGUUUCUACCCUGACGGAGCCAUGAUGUUCUGGAGGAAAGAUGGAGAGGAGCUUCAUGAGGACGUGGACCUCGGAGAGAUCCUCCCCAACCACGAUGGAUCCUUCCAGAUGAGUGUUGACCUGGACCUCUCAUCAGUCAAACCUGAAGACUGGACCAGGUACGACUGUGUGUUUCAGCUGGUUGGUGUGAAGGAGCACAUCUUCACCAGACUGGAAGAAGAAAAGAUCAGGACCAACAGAGAGAAACCCACUGACAAGAACGGCAUCAACAUUCCUGCAGUCGUUCUUCCUCUCGUCGUCCUCCUCCUCCUCCUCGCUUUGAUUGGAUUCUUAGUUUACAGAAGAAGAAUAACAGGAAGAUGGUGUUAGAAGAUACUCUGGCAUUUGGCAUUUGUGACGACUAAAACAAUGUGUGUGCCGUUCAUAUUUGACUUCAUACAGAUUUUCCAUAACAAAGUUGAGAUUUUAAUAAAAGUGUGAAGAGAAAGGCACAAAUUAUUUCAGAAACUUUCACAUCGGGAGGUCAGAUAAAGUGUAAUAUUAAAAAGUCAAAUAUGAACCUGAAGAAAAACAGUGACACCAAAUACAGAAACAGUGUUGAAAAGGAUUACAAAUAAAUAAUUUGUUUAAAAAGCAUAUUAGCUAAAUGCUUACAAAAUGUUCACACUAGUUAAUGAAUCAUGGAUAUUUGAGGUCUAAAUGAAGCUGUAAAUAUGAGGCUUUGUGGAAUUUCACUCUCCAAACCUCUAUGGUAAAUAAAUCAGAUUUUUAUAUAUAUAUUUUCUAUUUUCUCUUUAGGUUUAUGGACACAUUUUGCACUGUGUCUGUAGUGCACUAUGGCACAUUUAGCAGAUAUGUUUAAUAAAACAGUGGUCAUAAAUAAUAAUAAAUAUACAUUGUGCGAAAAUCUGUGUAAUAUUAACAAAGGAUGGGUGGGGGGUAAACACACUUCCAUUAUUUAAGUUAAGUUAUAUAAAUGAAGUUUAUGUGAAAUGUCUGAUUCCCUGAUGAGAUUUAUGAAACAUUUUUGAUUUGACCUCUGCAGAAUUUCUCACAUAUGAGAACGAUGGACGACUUUGUGUUUCAUUCUGAAGUGAACAAUCAUUUCAUUUGCUUUGAAUUCUCAGAAAUCCUUCUUUUGCAAUCGAAAAUAUAAUGCAAAGAAAAGGCCAAAUGUCCAAACUGUUUUUAAAUGAGUGACAUUUUCCUGGUUAACAGAUUCAGCAGAUGUGGUUUAACACAAACUGGUGGUGAGCAUAAAUAUUAGACACAAGCCUGAAGUGGGAGGUGAGCUUCUCAAGGGUUUUAAUAUUUAUAAUGUUCCACUUAAACAUGUUAAAUCCAGAAACCCUGUGACAACACUGGACAACAUGUGUAAGUUGUUGUGUGAUGCUGGUGUCUCUGUGUGUCCUGUCAUGUCCCGUACAACACUUCUAAACUCUGUCAUGUUGUGGAGAAGAUCUCUGAUCUGUUUCACAAGGUUUUAUGGAGAAGAAGCUCUUUUUCUUUAGUUUUAUUUGGUGAACUGGAUUCUGUUCUUCACUUAAAAAGUACACCGGUGUGUAAAUCAUCAUGUAAAGAUAUGGUGUGUAUAAUAUAUAAAGCUAUAAAAUAAAUGUUUCAUCUGGAUUUCUAGAAUGUUUUGUUUUAAUUUCCUUCAAAUAACUUUUCUUCGUUCAUUGCUCUGAAAACUUCUUUUUAUGGCUCAUUUUUAAUUGUCAGCUUUUAUCAUGUGUCAAUAUAAUAUCAAGAUAAGAUUAAUUGUGUAAUGUCUAUUAGUAAACUUUAUUUCAAUUUCUUUCAGGGUUUUUUUCUUAAAUUUAGCUUGUGUUUAUCAGACGUUUUAAUUAGUCAGUUUUUAUCACGUUAGUAAAAUAGAACACUGAAAGUUGUGAAACCUAAAGUGGGAAACUGUUUGUUUGAUUUUCUUUCAAAGCUUCUUUUUAUGACUCUUAUUUAUUUGUUUGAAUCCGGCUCAGAGUCUUUUCCUGCAAGUCUCCCCCUUUCACUCUGUAUCUCUCCCACUAUUAAAUAAAGCUGAAAAAUGGACAAAAAA